AUGGAAAGACAGGAUUUGGAGGCUGAGAUUGGCCGUGAGGCGGUUGCGAGUUGGGGCUGUAGAAGCCAUUCGCAUCUGGCUGGUGGUUUGUCAUUGCCUGGUCUGGUUGAUGCACUCGUCGAUCAUACAUUUGUUGUGAGACAAAGGAACAAGCUCAGAAUUUGCCUCAACGCCCGGACGGUGCCGCUAUCACCUGAGCCAACGUUGAGAAGGAAUUGA